AUGCUGCGCCUCCGACGCCCCUCUUCUGCCCGGUGCAGUCCGACCGUCAUCAUUGCGGCCUCUCGUGUUUCGUGUCCAGCUACGACUUGUUUAUUUCUAUCACUUACGCGCUCAUCAUCGUCGUCGUCAUCCAAAAAUGCCGGGGGUGGUGUCGCUGGAGACUUUGUGUGUCACUUGCGCGAUGUCGGACUGACCAUUUCCGGCGGCAAAAAGCUCUUCCAGCACGUGAACUUGGGCUUCCUCCGAGGAGCAAAGAUCGGUAUCUUGGGCGCCAAUGGUAGUGGCAAGUCGACGCUCUUGAAAAUCAUUGCCGGCGUUCGGAACGAUUUUGACGGCGAUCGAUGGCUGAAACCGGGUGUGAAACUGGGCUACUUGCCACAGGAACCACAGCUCGAUGAGAGCAAAAACGUGUACGACAAUAUCAUGGACGGCUUGAAAGAGAGUCAGGAGCUCUUGGCUGCCUUUGACGAUGUGUCGAUGGCCAUGGGUGAGCCCGAUGCCGAUCUCGACGCGCUCUUAGCUCAACAAGCAACUCUCCAGGACAAGAUUGAGCACCUGAAUUGCUGGGACUUGAGUCAUGAAGUCGAGAAGGCCAUGGCAGCACUGAAAGUGCCAGCACGAGAGACGGACGUGAACGUGCUGUCAGGAGGCGAACGACGACGUGUGGCAUUGUGUAGGUUACUGCUUGAGAAACCAGACAUGUUGCUACUGGACGAACCGACCAACCACUUGGAUGCCGAGUCGGUUCAUUGGUUGGAAGAGUUUUUGCAAAAGUACCGUGGCACCGUACUGUCGAUCACGCACGAUCGCUACUUUCUGGACAACGUCGCUGGCUGGGUCUUGGAACUUGAUCGAGGCGAGACGUACGCGUAUGAAGGCAAUUACACUACGUGGCUCACACAGCGUCGUAAUCGCUUGAACAUGCAGCGAAAGGGCGAUGCUGUCCGUGCAAAACAAAUUGCAUCUGAAAUUGCCUGGGCACAGGAGCACCAAGGAAGUAAGAAGGCCAACAAAGCGCGUGUGAAGAAACUACAAGACAUGGAGUCCAGUGGCUUCCGAACGUCAGCACGAAUCGACGAAGGACAGAUCGUCGUGCCGUCGGGCUCGCGUCUGGGUAACAAGGUGAUCAAGGUGAACAACUUGCGUAAAACACUGAACGAUGGCCGUGUGCUGUUUGAUAAGCUCUCAUUUGAGAUUCCGCCUCAUGCGAUCGUCGGUAUAGUUGGAGGAAACGGCAUGGGGAAGUCCACGCUGCUGAAUGUGAUUGCGGGGAUCGAGGAGCCAGAUGCGGGUAAAGUGGAGCUAGGUAAGACAGUGAGUUUGGGCUUCGUGUGUCAAAGUCGCGAAGAACUAAGCGGCAGGCGGUCGGUUUACGAGGAGAUUUCGGGCGACAAUGAGUUUGUGGAGAUUGGUGGCGACCGCAUCAACACGCGUGCCUACAUUGCAAGCUUCAAUCUGCGAGGUGCGAUGCAGGAAAAGAAAGUCGGCAGCUUAAGUGGAGGUGAGCGCAACCGUGUCCACCUAGCCAAAAUGCUGCUGGGUGGCCACAAUGUGGUGAUGCUGGAUGAGCCGACGAAUGAUCUUGAUGUCGACACGCUGCGCUCGCUGGAAGCUGCUCUCACGGACUUUAAUGGCGUGUCCAUGGUCAUCUCUCACGACCGAUGGUUCCUCGAUCGUAUUUGCUCCCACAUCAUUGCGUUCGAGGGUAACGGCCGUGUCGAGUUCUUUGACGGAAACUACACUGAGUACGAGCGGGAACAAAAGCGCAGUUUUAACAACUCGACCUGA